AUGGUCGAGGACAUUAGCACCUUCCGGAGAGAGCUCUGGGAAACCAAGGGCUCUGAAAUUAUCGAAGACCUCGUAUCUCAGCGGGAAGCCACGCUCCAGGAACCUCUGACAGAGGAGACUAGGAGUCUGCUCCAGAGGUGCAUCAUGGACGCUGUCCGGCGUGUGCUGGAGCAUCCCGAUGUCACACAAGCAAGAGAGGUCCGAUGGAACCAGGGCAACGACCUUGCUGAGGCAGCUUCAGUACCUCAAUUUUCUAACCGGGUCCACGAUGUUUCUGAAGAUGUUGCCCACGCAGUUCAUCGCCAACCUUGUUGGACGCAAGAUAACAUACUCCAGGACGGCCACUCUUCCAUUCCGAAUCUAAGGCAGGCACUCCAGUUGGAUGUCGAGCAGCAGUUCGAAGACUUUACGUCUUUCUGGAAUCUGCAAACAUCCGAACAUGAAGGAUUCGAUACGGUCAAUCGCAAUGUCCUUGAUACAUUUCCGCCAUAA